AUGUCAGCCUUCCUCUCUGCCGGUCUUGGGGUACUGGUGCCCUCGGAGGCUUGCGCCCUGCCCGUGACCAGCUCCAGCUGGGAGCCCCGGCUGGCGUCUCCGUUCCCAUCGGGCCGCACCCCCGGCUCCGCAGGGGCCCCGGCCGUGGGCAAGCCGGCCGGGCAGGGCCCCAAGAACCCGCACGUGUCCGGCGUGAUGGUGCAGCUGGAGAUGAAGGCUCUGUGGGAGGAGUUCAACCAGCUGGGCACGGAGAUGAUCGUCACCAAGGCAGGCAGGAGGAUGUUCCCCACCUUCCAGGUGAAGAUCCUGGGCAUGGACUCGCUGGCGGACUACGCCCUGCUCAUGGACUUCGUGCCCCUGGACGACAAGAGAUACAGGUACGCCUUCCACAGCUCGGCCUGGCUGGUGGCAGGCAAGGCGGACCCGGCCACACCGGGCCGUGUGCACUUCCACCCCGACUCGCCGGCCAAGGGGGCGCAGUGGAUGCGCCAGAUCGUGUCCUUCGACAAGCUCAAGCUGACCAACAACCUGCUGGACGACAACGGCCACAUCAUUCUCAACUCCAUGCACCGCUACCAGCCCCGCUUCCACGUGGUCUUCGUGGACCCGCGCGAGGACAGCGAGCGCUACGCCCAGGAGAACUUCAAAUCCUUCGUCUUCACGGAGACCCAGUUCACGGCCGUGACGGCGUAUCAGAACCACCGGAUCACCCAGCUGAAAAUCGCCAGCAACCCUUUUGCCAAGGGCUUUCGGGAGAGUGACCCAGACUCCUGGACAGCACCUCCACGGCCCUUGCUCGGAGCCGCAGCCCGGAGUCGCGGUAGCCUCAGCUCCUGUCUGCUGAAAGGUGCCACAGAGCAGGAGAAAGCUCCAGCUUCCACCUCCAGGGCGCCUGCCCGGCUCCACCAUCAGCUGCUGGCCACCCCCGAGGCGCUGCUGGCCCCCGCCACCUAUCGGGCCCUCACCUGUCAGGACCUGUACCCUGGAGCCUCAAGUCCCCUUGGAAUCCCAAGGGCCCGACCAACACCAUACCCCCUCCCCAAUAUCCAGGCUGACAGGGAUCAGGGUGGCCUGCCCCUCCAAGCUGGGCUGGGCCUCCCGUCCCCCACGGCUGUAUGCCUGGGAUCUCGCCAGGACCCUCAGUGAUGGUCGGUGCCCAGGGGACAGAGUCCUCUUACCCUGGACCGCACUGCCUCCAGCCUCACCUCUGCAGAGACACCGUCCCGUCCUGA